AUGGGGGAUCCUCAACAACAUCAUGAUGCUGAUGAGGCAGAGAAAAGUCUCUCCAGAUCAGAACUCCUCAAGAAACACCAGCAUAGAGCCACAGGGAAGAAAUCUCACUGCUGCUCUGACUGUGGAAAAAGAUUCAGCUCUUCAGUAGACCUUCAAAUACAUCAGAGAAUACACACAGGAGAGAAACCAUAUAGCUGUAAUCAAUGUGGGAAGAGUUUUACUCAGCUAAUCACCCUGAUAGUACACCAGCGGACACACACAGGAGAGAAAGCUUUUAACUGUGAUCAAUGUGGCAAGAGUUUUGCUACAUCUAGCCAGCUGACUUUACACCAGAGAACACACACAGGAGAGAAACCUUAUAACUGUAGUCAAUGUGGGAAGAGUUUUACUACAUCUAGCCAGCUGACUUUACACCAGAGAACACACACAGGAGAGAAAUCUCAUAGCUGUCAUCAAUGUGGGAAGAGUUUUGGUACAUCAGGAUGUCUGACAACACACCAGAGAACACACACAGGAGAGAAACCUUAUAACUGUAGUCAAUGUGGGAAGAGUUUUACUACAUCUAGCCAGCUGACUUUACACCAGAGAACACACACAGGAGAGAAACCUUACAGCUGUGAUCAAUGUGGGAAGAGUUUUGCUUCAUCUAGCAGUCUGACAGUACACCAGAGAACACACACAGGAGAGAAACCUUAUAGCUGUAAUCAAUGUGGGAAGAGUUUUGCUUCAUCUAGUGGUCUGACAGUACACCAG